GGUUACUGCCAUUGAGGGGCGCUCGAGGACUAUGGGCCUUGGCGCUGAGCGGGACAGGGCGGCGGCCCUUGUGUGGGGCGCCAGCGGUGUGUGUGAGCGUGCCAUGUGCACGUGGGAACAUACCUGCGCAAGGUGUUAUAAUCACCACCAAACGGCGGCUACUUGUGUGCUGCCUCUCCGCGCCCCGCUGUCUGCACCCCAGCCAUGGGGCGGGGCGGCGGCCGCUGAGGCGGAGCCAGGCCGCCACUGUGUCCCGGGAUUGGGUGGGGGCGGGGCCGGGCCGGGUUCUCGUGGUGUGAUAGGAGGGCUGGAGCGGGCGGCGGGUGGUGUGCGUGUGCGCAGCCCGCCCCCACGUCAGUGUGCGUUGAGCGGUGUUGUGAGUGAGGUUCUGCCGCUCCGCGUUUACAGUGUCGAGUGUCAGUUGCAAGGUUGACCUUGAUCAUGCCGACCGUUUCCGGUAGCGGUGAGGAGGUCGAAUCGCAAGAUGAGGUCAAGGUCUUUAAAUACGAGGGAGAUGAGGAGGAGAGUGAGAAGCGCUCGUCAGAAAACCUAACAGAAGACAAGAGCAGUCUCAUCACAGAAACAGAAGAGGACAAAAGUACACAUGUGCCCUCCUCCUCCUCCUUCGCCCUGGCCUCUAAGAGCGAUGGCCGCCUCCCGGAGACCUCCUCGCCCUUCGGCCUCUUCGGUACGUCACCGUGGGGAGCCGACCGACUGGGCUACCUCUCCCCCUUCGCCUACGCUUACACCAACGGGACUUCUGCCAUGGUAAGCGACAAACAGGCGUGUGGGGGCGUUCACAGGUAGGCCUCAGGUGUUCCGUGCUAAUGAGGUGAGGCGGGAGAGUGAGAGAGAGGGGGAGAGAGUGAGAGGGAGAGGAAGAGAGAGUGAGAGGGAGGGAGAGGAGGGAAGGAAAACAUCAAGGAGAGAACAUCUACACCCUUUUCUCCCUCUGUGUGUGUGUGUGUGUGUGUGUGUGUGUGUGUGUGUGUGUGUGUGUGUGUGUGUGUGUGUGUGUGU